CACGAACACAGAGCUCGAGCCGCAUUGUGCACUUAGUGUAAUGUCAUGAGGUGGUACGUUACUCCGUGCGUCUGAUGACUGUGUAGCGUAACAGUGUAAUGUUACACUAGCAUGAGCUUGCCGGGUCUCGGGGUUCGCUGCGGGUCUCGAAUGUUAGCGAAUCCGCCAAUGCCAUCGCCGAGCUGCAGCGAACUUGCCCGUUGUCGUCCACAGCAGCGCACCACCAGCAAAGAUGCCGAGCUCAUGUAAAGACCUACGAGCCGCGCUGGCGCAAUGCCUGCAGGAGUCCGAGUGCGUGAUGGUGCAGCGGCACACGGCGGCCGAGUGCCUGCGCGAGCCGCUGGUCAGCACGCUGCCGCUCCGGUGCCAGCAGCUGAAGAAGGGCUUCGGCGAGUGCCGGCGCGGCAUGAUCGACAUGCGCAAGCGCUUCCGCGGCAACCAACCCGUCGCGUUCCGCCAGCUCGAGCAGACCGAGAAGACAGGCGAGAACUACCAGCUGUACGCGGGCAAGUCGGCCUUCGCCGGCGCGCGCGGCGAGACCGACGGCAACGAGAAGGCGCCCCAGGAUUGGCGGGAGGCGGAGAAUGAGAAGUACAGGGCGGCGCUGGCGCGGGGGGACAAAACAAAGCCGUGACGACGCGGACUUCGCCAACGAGAUACCCAAGGAUGCGAGUGGGGAGGACUUUGGCCUGGUGCAGUGUACGAUACUGUGCGACUUUUCAAUGGUGUUGAUGGGGGCUCGGGCCUGGAGCAUAGCACACGCCAACUCUGUACAUGUACUCCGUGCAUUGCAUAGAGCGGACGGAGCGUAACUAUAACGCAUGUUCUGCUUGAGGUGGGGCUCAGGAGGAGCUGGGCAAGAAGUCCCUUUGUGGGCGCUCGUGCGGCGCCCAGUCUCUUCCACAAGUUAGCGAAGCGAGACAAUUCGGAAGCUCUGGUGUCAGGAGCUUAUUACACAGUAUGGAUAAUGUCGAAGUUUCCGAGCUGGUCGGAUGCAAGCUACGCGUGUCCAAGGCCAGGGAUUCUUGGUUCCGCCGGCCGCUUUGGCCCUCACAACAUACCCCAGGUGGCGGGCCACACUCAUAUCGCUAUCGCUGGAGUGAGCGCCCAAGCGUGGAGGACAAGAUGUCCAAGCAAUCCUCGGGGCUCCGCUGCUGUCAUAAACCCGCCACUUUCUCGAG